AUGUUUCUUAUUCUCGUGAAAAUUUUUUUACUAAUACCCUUUGUAAAUGGUGCACAAUUAUGUUAUUCUUCAUGUAAUCAAGUCAUACCAUUUAAUACUGCACUUCAACCACCGUCUGAUUGUACAGCACAUAGUAACGCGAGUUUAGUUUGUGCUGUUAGUGUUACAUUUGCUUCUAAUCAAGAUGAUCAUAUAAGUAUAUUCUAUUUUACGCCGAGUGUCAGUCAAUCUCGUCCAUCAUUUGUUGAUACGGAAGCAAGCUUAUCGACUGGUAUUCUCUCAGUACAUAUUUUUCAUGAAUGUCCUGAUUGUAAUAUUUUCGAAAAUACUCGAAAUAUUAUAGCAUCAAUGCAAUCUAUACCCAAUGUGGCAUCUGGUGUCAUAUCAAAAAUGCGUCAAUUAUUUCCAAUAAAUAAUAGUACUACUGAGAAAAUUGAAUGUCAUAAAGGUGAUGAUGAAAAAGAAACUAUUGGUAAUUGUCAAAGUUGUUCACUCGAUACUAAUAGAACAGAUUCUAUUCGUUCAUGUAAGAAUAAUAUAAAUUUAGUUGGUGUACAAUUGUAUGAACAUACGACAUUAGAUGAUCAACGAGAAUUGGGAAAAGUUUAUGUUGAAUGUGUUCAAUCACGUUGUAACACAAGAAAUACAGCUCAAGAAGCAUUACGUAUAUUUGCCUAUACUGGACUUGCUCAACAUUACUAUGAUUUAUCAUCAUCAGCAACUAUUCUAUCAUAUUCAUUUACUUUGAUUUUCUUUUUUAUGCUUGUAAUUACGAAUGUUUUCGACUGUGAAUUUGAUUAA